AUGUCUGAGAGAAAAACCAUUGGAGGUGUUCCUGUGGAGUGUCUAACUGGAGAAUCAGCUGCGAUAUGGUCUGGCUGGCGUAUUCUGGGAGAUAGAGAACUUGUAAGAGAAGCCUCUGCUAAGGGAACUCAUAUAAAAUUAGCUCACAAGUGUCUUGCAUACAGAAGGCAAUGUACUUUGGAUCAGGCAUGCAUAUACUUCAAUAAGGAAGUUGAAAUUUGGAUCAAUGAGCUUUUAAAUAAAAAACAAGUUUACAGAGCUUCACAUAUUUUAAAAAAUAUAGAAAGAGAUCCUAUAGAAUAUAUUUUUGCUGCUUCUACAAGAAGCAGGGAUCCACUUUUGCGAAAUUACUUGUGUGAGUAUAUGAUGAAAGUUAGCGGUUUCAAAAUGGAACACGUUGCAGCCUGGAACAUUAUUAAAUGUAUUACACAGUAUGAAAAGAAAUACAAGGCACAAGAUGGAUUAAACUCUUAUAUAUGUAUCGAUGAUAUAGUGAAGCUACCACAAAAUAUCAAGCAAUCCUUAUGCACUGAAUUAUAUUUUUCUCUAAGUAAUCCUGACAUCUUGGAAAAUGUCCCAAACAUUACUUUAUGGGAUUACUUGUUAUCUAAUAAUAAAAUCAAUACACUGAAGUUAUGGAUUGACAUGAGAUAUAAUCCUGAUGUGUUGCAAAAUACAGAUAAAAAUGAUCAUAGCUUAAAAUCAUUGUUUGCGAAUUUAGAUAUUACAACUAACAUGGUUGAGUGUAUAGACUCAUCAAAUGCUAGUAAUCUUGUAAAAGAUUUAACAAAAAAUCACUUAUGUAGAUAUGGAGUGUGUAUAAAAGAAGAGGAGAAUGAUUUAAAAUUAAUAUUAAGUCGAUUUUUUAGCUCUGGUAUUAUAUUAGAAGAUAUGAAUAAAAUAUUAUCACAAGCUUCCUGUAAUAUUCAUAAAACGGAGUUUCUGCAAACCGUUGAUCGACAGUUGUGCCUUACACAUUGCGCGCAGAAGUGUCAUACUUCAGAAGAUAAUGCAAAACUUGUUGAAUUAUUUAAUGUAUUAACUGACAUGUGUAAUGCUCAAGAUUGUCAUGAAGAUGUGUUAAUACAUGGCAUUGUUAAAUCGAUUGAUUACAUCUCUGAUGACUUGACUGACUACCUGAAAGCAAAUUAUUUGAUAAGCUUGACAUUAAUAUUUUUGCAACUAUGGCGAAGAAAUGUAUUAUGCAACGAAACAAAUGUGAAAAGUAAACUAAUAAGAGAGUUAUUUGCAAACGAUUUAAAUCUCAGCACACACAUUAUUCCCCAAGAAGUUCUUCAGUUUACGCUGACACAUGUACCAGCUCUGCAAUGUAUCAUCGAAAACCAAACUAAAAAAACUGAAAUUACUAUGUACGAAUUACUGGAUGGCUACAAAAAUUUGAACACAAAACUCGUGUUCAGAUGGCGUUUGAGAAAUGAAGCUAUGCCUACUUUUGUUAGCGAGAAUCUUAUUAAGAAGUACGGAUAUAAAGAAACGUUAACAUAUGGAUAUUAUCUGAAAGAAGGCAGACCAAAUAUGGCUGUGCAUAGUUUAAAACACACUCAAGCUAAAUUACUUGGAAAUGUAUCUUCUCAAAGGAAAUCCAAAGCGGCUUUAUACGCACACGUUCUUGCUUUAAAAAAUUUAGAUAAGUUUGAUAUUGUGUGUAGUUGUAUUGUCUUCACUGAAUUACUAGGAGUUGAUUCAAGCAAUUUACGAUUAUAUGUUACCGUAGCAAAAUAUGUACAAGAACAACUGGACAUUUCCAUAGGAGAUUUAUUGGAAAAUGUAGUAUAUGAAAAUCAACAUGAUUUGAAGACUGUGAUAUCGUAUUUAGAGCAAAGUUUCCAAAAGCAUUUACUAGAUGAUACUUUGACGAACGAUAAUAUGCGUUUUAUUGAAGCAUUGAAAGCAUGGGACGUCAUCGUACGUUUUGCACGUGUUCACAAUUGCACGUUGCCUAGUAUAUUGCCGAAAUAUUUAGCAAACCAUGACUUGUGGUUCGAAUUUGUCGCAGUCAGUCAUAUAUUUGUUUAUCCCACAAAACAGGUUCUGGAAAACGCCAAGUUAUUUAAUAACACGAGUAUACGAGAACAUCUGUUAACAUGUUUAAACAACAGCAAACUUAGUAAAUACCAACCGAAUAGUGAACAGAAGUUGAAGUCUCGCGACACAAGACAAUACAGCAAACAGGAACAAAGUGAUUCCCCAACAUCCACUUCAAUUAUUUCUGGAACUGACGUAAAUAAUGCUGAUACAACUAAUGCAAAACUUGCCACCAGCAAUUGCUUUUCGUCUUUUUCGGACAAUGAUUUAUGGUUAAUUAUACUAAAUUGCCAUCAAAGUCAAGAUCCACCUGGAACGUUACUCAAUACGUCUCGUUCAAGUCUGAGUCCCAUAUUGACUAUCUUGGCUACAUAUUACGAGCCAUCCUCAGUAGCGGCGUAUUGUUAUUGUUGGAUGGUGAUAUCAACAAGGAGGGAAGACAUACUUCUCGAUUACGCAGAAUGUUUAGAGCAACAAAUAUGGCCUGCCAAUAAAAUAGCAGAAUUGCUAAGUAAAAUGAUUCAGUUUGGUUACAUCGACACGCUUAAUAGAGCUUAUAAGAUUUUCAUGCCUGACAGCAUCUUGAACGAGUUCAUCGAGUUUCUAACACAGGCAAUCAUGUAUGGCGAAUUCAAAGAGAGUCAACAGCACUUAUUGGAGUUCAAAUCGCAAUGUUCCUCGCUUAAAUGUAAUAGGAUUAUGGACUGGACAAGUGCAGAUUUGACAUACUUGAAGAACUUGUAUUGGGUUGCGGUUGUUGCAACCAAAUGCAUUGUUGCAGCACUCGGCUAUGGCUUUCAAAGUACACCGUUACGAGUAAAGCUCCUCGAAACACUAAUCAAGUGUAGUUUUUCUGCGGAUUUGCCAGUUAAAAUACCAGAUUUUCAAUGUUUAUUGGAUAUAACAAGAAUCUUGCAGAAAACCGACGUGAUGUUAAAUUUUGCAGCCGUUACCGUAGUUGAUAAUAUGCAUAAUUUUGACACGGAAAUCCAGAGAUGCAUUAACGAUUUAGUAGCAAUCGAGAAUUAUAGCACUGCCUUGGAAUUAUCGUGCACCGCUGGAUUGUGUGCAUCUGAAAUCAUAUUAGCGCAAUCCCGGAAUAAUUUUAAAGAAUCCAUAAAUAGAAGUGGCCAAAUAAAUUCUGCAUUCUGGGUGCAGUGUGCUCAGGAUUUUAACAAAUACAACGUUCUUCCUCAAGUAGCUGUCGAAUUUUUUGUCGAACAUGCCGAGAAAGUUAUAUCGCAUAAAGAAAGGUACGAGGUUUUAAAAUUGGCUUAUGAAACUUUAAAAAAUACUGAGAUUGAACAACAAACUAUCAACACGCUAGAAAUGGCCAUGUGGAAGUCAUGUAUUUUGGCUGGACCUGAAAAUAUACAGUUUGAUUGUAAUGAUUACAUUUUUAAUAAGUUAAAAACGGAAUUACUCUCGGACUUGGAUCAAUUAGAAGUGACUUGCUCACUGGAGGAUGAAAGUGAAAAAGAUUCUGCUGAAAUUUUAAUAAAUCGACUGAUUGAUUUAGGCAAACUAGAUAUUGCUUUACGAAUAAGCGUGAUUUUUAAUUACAAUCAUAAAGAUUUACAGGUAUUAAUGCUGUGCUUAAGUUUAGCAGAAGGUGAAAUUUCACCUGCAGAACUAACGACACAACAAAAGAGUUUUUUAGAAGAAACGAAUAAAAACAAACAACAGAAGCAUGGCACUUUACGCAAUCGCGGUCUCCAGAGAUUAUCCUCAUCAUCAUCUCUAAAUUCCAUUGGGGAAGCCAGUAAAACAAACGAUUCAAAGGUUACUAACAGUCAUCACCAAAUAGAGUGCAUCUCAAUUUUGGAGAAAUUAUCAGAAACUCUUCAACAUGGAAAUGCGAUAUGUUCGAGAAUUGUUUCAUGUUAUAAACUUGCUGUACGCCUAAAAAGGACUUAUCAAUCACUGUUGAUGCUAAAUAAUCCUAUCAAAUUCUUGCAAGAGAUCACAGAAAGUAAUGUCGAAAACAAGUGUGAAACCGCUAACAAUAUAAUAACAUCUUAUAAGAUCACAACGGAGAAUGUUGCAAUAUUUCUUACUGAAAAUAUCAUAAUGCACAUUAAUCGCGCUAUAGAAGAUGGAUUAGAAGACUUUAUCUCUAUGUGGGGAUACCCUAUAAACACACAUUUCCACUUAAUAAUGGAGCUUUGCAGCGAUACUUCGUUAUUAGGCUUAAAAUUACUACAAGCAGCGCAGUCAAUAUUGGGAAGACAUGUUAGCACUCAUGAUGAAAGAAAAAAUGUAUCGACGUUGAAAACAAUUGUGGAAUUAUUGAUAAGAUCCCACGAUUGUUUCACGGCUUCCUGUAACAUGGAAGGAAUAGCAUCUGUAUUACGAAAAUGUCAGAAUCUCGCAAACACGUUACAAAUGUUGAAACAUUGGGCGUUGUUGGUACGACUAGUAACGGGCGUAGGCAGAUUUACUGAAAUGAAUUACAUAUUUCAAAUUUUGAAAGAAAAUGAUCAUUUCGAAUUUCUACUGGGAAAAGGUCUGGAUAAGGUACCGGGUCUUAAAAUGGCUUUGCUAGAAUUUUUGAAACGUCAGUGUCCAGAGAAUAAAGAACUGUUUACGUUGGUGGCACUUCAUUUCCGUUUGUAUUACGAAAUCGCACUCAUGUGGGAAAACGAAGCAAAGGAAAUAAUUACGAAACUGAUGUCUGAUGCAUUGAAAGAGUGCGGGAAAGGCGCAACUGAUAUUUCUACGGAAAUCAAAUUGACUCGAAAUGAUCAUGUUCAAAGGCAAUUGCAAUUGGUUGUGACUAACUUCACUCAUGCCACACAAUAUUAUUUACAGGAUAACAAAUUAAAUCUUGCUAGCCGAUGUUCUCAUCAAGCUCAACUUGUCGCUCUUCAAAUCGCAUUGCUGAAUACAGUGCCGCAAAAUCAACAAGCGGUUUGCCUCUUAAAUCUGAAAAACGACGAGUUGGACAAGAUAUCGUCGCAAAUCUUGAAUUUUCCUCAAACACUUAUUGUUUCACGCGCUUAUAAUUACCACGCCGAUUGGGCUAAUCUCAUUUACCAUCAUUGUAUUCUCAGAGGAGAGACAAAAUAUCUCGGAGAAUUCAUGACGGUGAACAGCCUGACGCCUGCAAUUGUGCAAGAUUGUGCACGUAGGUACAGAUUAGAGAAGAGUAUUAAUCAUUUCAUGACGAACAAUAUGAGAACUCUGGUGCAUGAAUUAUCGGACGUCGAAUGUAAAUACAUGUUAGCUAGUCAGCUUGGAUUUAAAAGUAUCGUGGAGGAAAUGCACAACGAUCCCGCAGUCGGUUCUUAUUUGAGAGAUACUAUGUGGAAGAAAGGAUACAAUGCUUCAUGAUUAAAACGUAAUUUGCUGCUCGAAGAAACUCAAAACAAUCUUGAUCUGAUAAGGAGUACUGCAGACUUCAGUGCUACAACAAACUGUGUUAUAUACUCACUCAUUGUUAUCGCAAACAAUAUGAAAAUGUACAUGUCCAUGUUUCAUUAUUUUCUUAUCAAUAAACAGUAUUUUUGAUAUAA